AUGUAUUCAAUUAGAUUAUUUAACUUAUUAUUAAUUGCCUUUCUUGGUGGUGUCGAGUUUGUCUGUCCAGCUUGGUCAACAACUUCAUCUCCACCAGAUUGUGAAAUUAGAUUAUUUAACUUAUUAUUAAUUGCCUUUCUUGGUGGUGUCGAGUUUGUCUGUCCAGCUUGGUCAACAACUUCAUCUCCACCAGAACUUGUGAAUCUUGGAGCCGAAAAGAAACAAUUGGCGGUUUCAGAAUCUGGUUCCCCUCCACGAGAUGUUCAAGCAAGAGCUCUAAGCUAUACAACGGUUGUAGUAGAUUGGGAGAGACCGGAACAGCCCUUAGGACAGAUAUCAGGAUAUCGUGUUUACUUUACAUCUAAUCCGUCCCUUCCUUUAUCUUUAUGGGAAUAUCUCGAUGUUGAUGAUAGUCAAUUGACAACAAUAAGUGAACUUCAACGUGAAACCAUUUAUACCAUUCGUGUCUCUGCGAUAACAACAUCUCGUGGUGAAGGUCCUCUCUCAUCACCAGUUCAAGUCAAAACGAAACAGGGUGUUCCUAACCAACCUUCUGGUUUACAAGCUGUAGCUUUAGGUCCUCAUUCAAUCAAAUUAACAUGGAAGAAAGCACAAAAUGUCGGUGAAAAUAUCCAAAACUAUGACAUCUAUUGGAAUGACACAUUCGAAAACAAUGAGGGUAAACAGACCAUUCCAGACUCUGACACUUAUAUCAUUGAAAAUCUUUAUCCUGACACUUUAUACUACAUUUGGAUUGCGGCUCGAUCGAAUGCUGGAGAUGGGGCAGCAACUCCUCCGAUUGCUGUUCGGACUGAGCUAUUUGGCGCCCCACCACAAGAAGUGCACGGUCAAGUAGUUGAUUCCCGUACCCUAAAAAUUUCCUGGAAACCACCACCCCCUACCCCUGAGAUGCCCAUUGGUAAUAUAACAUAUUACAAAGUGAUUGUAACCCAAGUCAACGAGGAUUCUAGUGAUAUCAGUGAAAAUAAUAUUGACACCGAUGACAACAAAAACACCAACUCCGAUAAAGUUAACCUUGGUUCCACUAACGAGGAUCCAUCAAACACCUCAAAUCUCAAUACAACUUUCAACAGUCCGAAUUCAACGAACUACUCUUAUCCCAAUGUGACCAAUAGCUCAACGGGUAACAUUGAGUUUACUACACAAGGACCAGAUAAUAAUUCAUUUAUUAUUGAGAAUCUAGAAGAAUGGACUUCCUAUUCAAUUAAGGUUCUAGCGGGAACUUCCAUGGGUGAAGGCCCAGCAUCUAAACCUAUCAUACUACGCACUGAAGAGGCUGUUCCAGGUGAGCCUAGAGACGUAAAAGCCGUAGCAAUUAACAGCACUGCCAUACGUGUUGAAUGGAAUCCACCUUCCAACAUUGAUCAACAUGGUGUUCGUCGUGGUUAUCAAAUUUAUGUUCAUGAAAUGAGUUCCGGAAACAGAGAAGAAUUUCUUAAUGAUCCAAUUAAAUUCGAUGUUCUUGAUCCAAAUGCUAAAGAGUUUAAUGUGACAUCGCUACAACCCGACACUUCAUACAAUAUCCAAGUUGCGGCGAUAACUCGUAAAGGCGAUGGAACUCGAAGCAAAGCCUAUAAAGUUACCACUUUAGGUGGUGUUCCAACCAAACCGGACAUUUUAAUAAGGUUAAUGAGUGACGAACCACAAAUGACCAUUGAGGUUCAAUGGACUCGACCAAAGCAUACAUAUGGAGCUUUAUUAGGUUAUCGAUUGAAAUAUGGUAGAGCAAUCGACACGAAUCUAGAUGAGAUUGAAAUUAAUCCUCAAGAGCAAAGUAAGAUCAUCAAAGAUUUAGAUCGUGGUAUCAAAUAUGUUUUUCGUCUUGCUGGUAAAAGUAGUAUGGGCUGGGGCCAAGAAGCGAUAGCUUAUAUUGAAACUCCUGAAGGAGCUCCUGGAGCUCCACCUCAGAAUAUUUCUUAUCGGUUACAAACACCAACCACUGUUGUGAUAACUUGGGACUCACCUGCACCAGAAUACAGAAAUGGUCGAAUCACCAAUUAUGGUUUACAUUUCCAAAAGCCUGUCGACAGUUCACCUGAAGAACGAUUUACCAAUGAAACCCGAAUGGUUUUCAGCUCACUUUCUGAAAAUGCAGAAUACACGUGUAAAAUCAGAGCCUUUACAUCUAAGGGUCCAGGGCCUUGGAGUAAUCGUAUUCUCAUUCACACUCCAGGUGAUGUUCCUCCCGCGCCAAUUAAUGUUCAAGCUAUGGCAACAACUGAAAAGUCAGUUGAAGUUUGGUGGGACCAGAUGCCUUUCUUUGCUGAUAUUUUGGGAUACACAGUACUUUAUACACAAACUACUGCCGUUGAAGAUAUUGACUUUUGGUACAAUAAAACAGUUGUUCUUACCUGGUCAGUUGAGUUGACCGGACUUAAGCCUAAUGCAAUGUAUGCUAUUCGAGUAGCUGCUUAUACCAGUGCAGGUUUAGGCCGUCUUUCAGAGUUGAUCACAGUUCGAACUACUCCCGUCGAUGUUCCCAUAAGCCUACGUGCUUAUUAUGUUACCACGCACACCAUGAGCUUAUCAUGGAGACAGCCUACAAAAUUGAAUCCCGUUGGAUACAAGAUUACAUAUGAAGCUCACAAAGAGUUUUAUGAUAGCCUUAGUAUGCUCAAAACUUUAACAAUUCCACCAUCAGACAUUAGAGUUAAUGCCAGUAUCACUCAAUACACGAUUGAAAAUCUAAUGCCUUUCACGAGUUACCAAGUCAAUGUUACCGCAUUACCUGCUGAUGGUACUUAUCGAUCUCCAGCUCGUAAAACUGUUACGACCGCGAUGGCAGCUCCUAAGCCUAUGGUUAAACCGGAUUCAAUUAAUGUUUUGAAUAACGAAAUUAAUGUUAUACUACCUCAAGCAUCCGAAGAAUAUGGUCCGAUCAGUCAUUAUUUUCUUGUAGUUGUUCCCUCGCAAUUCGCUACCAAAGAUCCAGAUUUAUAUUCUAUCGAAGAACUUACAAGUACACCAAUGGAAAAUUUAGGUCCAUAUAUUGCAGCUAAAUUCGCAAGACGAGCGGUUUAUAAUCAAUUGCUCUUGGUGAUGGAAAAAGUACCUGGUUAUCGAAACAGAAGACUCAAGCCAAAUGUUUUUUAUAAGAUAUUUGUUCGAGCAAUUGUAGAUGCUCCUCACAAGAAUCUUUUCACCAGUAGCCCUUUUUCAUUAGCUUUGAGUAUAAACGCACCUCUUGAGGCAAGUUACAGGCCAACAAUUAAAAAAACAGUUAGUGCGGGACCAAAUAUCGCCCAAAUGUCACCAAGUAUUGAUGGACAAAAAUUCCUUGGUAUUGUUGCUAUUGUAAUGAUCACAAUGAUUUUAAUUAUUAUCGUUGUUGUUUUGGUUUACAUCAAUCGACGUCGUCAAAUGCUCAAGGCUUGUAACAUGGAUACCACCCUGAAACUUUUAAUGAACACUUCCGAUCCUCGAGAUACUGUUUCUCAUCCAUCAGAUCCCGUUGAGAUGCGACGUAUCACUUAUCAAACAGCAGGAAUGAUCAAUCAUCCUCCUAUACCAAUUUCUGAGCUUGCUAAUCACAUGGAAAGACUUAGAGCAGAUGAGAAUCUCUUGUUCUCCCAAGAAUAUGAGUCAAUUGAACCUGGUCAACAAUUUACUUGGGAAAAUUCAAACAUGGAAAUAAACAAACCUAAGAAUCGUUAUGCAAAUGUAAUUGCAUAUGAUCAUAGUCGAGUUGUCCUUCAAACGCUAGAUGGUAUUCCUGGAUCAGAUUAUGUCAAUGCAAAUUAUUGUGAUGGUUAUCGCAAGCAAAAUGCUUACAUCGCUACUCAAGGACCUUUGCCUGAUACCAUUGGAGAUUUUUGGAGAAUGAUUUGGGAACAGAAAAGUUAUUCUAUUGUUAUGAUGACAAAGCUAGAGGAGCGAACGCGAGUCAAGUGUGACCAAUACUGGCCAUCCAGAGGAACUGAAAAUUAUGGUGUCAUGCAAGUUACAUUAGUUAAUGUAGAAGAGCUUGCUUAUUAUUGUAUACGAACAUUUACUCUACAAAGAUAUGGCUACAUGGAAUCGCGCGAGGUUAAACAAUUUCAGUUUACCGCUUGGCCAGAUCAUGGAGUUCCUGAUCAUCCGACACCAUUUUUGAUGUUCUUGAGACGAAUCAAAAUAAUUAACCCACUUGAUGCUGGACCAAUGAUCGUUCAUUGUAGCGCUGGUGUUGGUCGAAGUGGUUGUUUCAUCGUAAUCGAUUCAAUGUUGGAACGACUCAAGUAUGAAAAUUCUGUUGAUAUUUAUGGAAAUGUAACCGUUUUGAGAGCUCAACGUAAUUAUAUGGUUCAAACGGAAGAUCAAUAUAUUUUCAUUUAUGACGCGGUGCUAGAAGCUGUCAUUGCUGGUCACAACGAAAUUUCAAUUCGAAAUCUUUACAACCAUGUGCAAAUGCUAUUACAAGUUGUACCUGGUGACAGUAUUACUGGAAUGGAACUAGAAUUCAAGAAAAUUGCAUCCAUGAAAACUCCAGCAAGCAAAUUUAUCAGUGCCAAUCUCCCUUGUAACAAAUUUAAAAAUCGUUUAAUGAAUAUCUUACCUUAUGAAAAUAAUCGGGUAUUCCUUCAGCCAUUGAGAGCAGUCGAAGGCUCAGAUUAUAUCAAUGCAAGUUUCCUCGAUGGUUAUCGUUACAGGUCGGCUUAUAUCGCCACCCAAGGACCUAUUCCAGAAACGACUGAGGAUUUCUGGCGUAUGUUGUGGGAACAUAAUUCCAACAUAAUUGUGAUACUUACUAAGGUUAAAGAGAUGGGCAGAGAUAAGUGUCACCAUUACUGGCCUUCAGAACGAUCUCAAAGAUAUUUAUACUUUGUAGUUGAUCCAAUUACUGAGUACAAUAUGCCUCAGUAUAUACUACGAGAAUUUAAAGUAACUGAUGCAAGGGAUGGACAAUCUCGUACGAUUCGUCAGUUUCAUUUCGUUGAGUGGCCAGAACAAGGGGUACCUAAGUCAGGGGAUGGUUUUAUAGAUUUUAUUACUCAAGUUCAUAAAACCAAAGAGCAAUUUGGUCAAGAAGGACCGAUAACAGUUCAUUGCAGUGCUGGAGUCGGAAGAACUGGUGUUUUUAUAGCUUUAAGCAUAGUCUUAGAUAGAAUACAGAACGAAUUAGUCAUUGAUCUAUUCCAGACUGUUCGAACUCUUCGUACCCAAAGACCAGGAAUGGUCCAAACUGAAGAUCAAUAUCAGUUCUGUUAUCGUGCCGCUUUGGAAUAUAUCAGCACUUUUGACUAUGCAACAUGAUCAUUUUCGAUGUUUUUGUGAAAGAAAAAGUUUAAUUAAUUUACCUGAGCUUAAUCGUCACAUAAUCAAUAUGACAUACACUGAGCCCAAAUCUCGUCAUCAACAUGUAUAAAUCUCACUAGUCAUAAUACUUUUAUUUGGUGGGUCCGUCGAAUGUCAGAUCCAUUUAUCUCAUCAAAAUGAACACUAAAUGACGUUCCAUAUUGGAGAAAGUAAAGUUUCUUUUGUAUCAACUCCUUUCGCAUCUCAACAUCAAAGACUGUCUUUGCGAGGGUCUGGUCUUAAGCCGGGACUUUUGGGUGAUCAGAAUAGCCUCCGGGCAUACCUAGCGAAAGAAGUUUGCGUGGUAGUGUGUUUGAAAUUGUUGGUGUGCAAUUUGAUAUUAAUUAUGUGAGUCCGGAGGUUAGCCUGGUGCCCUUAUCACCCCAACUACAAUUAAAAGCAAAAUUUGAUUUUGGAUUUGAAUUUCUCUCAAAUUAAUACUUGUAAACUAAACUAUUCCCUCAAAUCGAAGGCACUUAUUUGGACUCAGAUCUUAACUGAACAGAUACUUAAUUGUAAAAAAUUUCUAUUUGAUGUACACUAUUUUCUAAUUUUUCCAAAAACUGACAAAUUGUAAUUGUCAAUAUUGAAAAUCUUGACAACUUCUCAAUAAAAAGAUUGCGUUUUUAACGAUUAGCUUAAUGUUUUACACUUGC